CAGGCAAUGUGGAGGGCAGCUAGGUUUUAGGACCUGUCACACGUGGGCUGCAUGUGCUGUUUUGGACUGUCACUUCCUGGGUUCUGGUAUCAACAUGAAAAAUCACCCGGGAUCCCCGAGCAUAGAUAUUAAACUGAAGCACAGGCUGACUCAGUAUCUGAGCAGUAACCGAUGUGGAGGAUACGUGGAUAUUUCUGUUGUAGCUGCAGAUCUCCAGAAAGCAUACAGUUUAGAAUAUGGCAGGAGAAAACGAAAUGCCUUCAGAAUCCAGGUGGAAAAAGUGUUUAAUGUGAUCUCCAGUGAGAACAAGGACCUUGAACUGGUAGAGGAAGCUCAUCUGGCAAAAAGGGCAAGGAAGGGAGAGGAAAGAGUAAUAGAAAGUGGUUCUGAUGAUUCGUCCGACACUGAUGACUUUGAAGACCAACAAACAUCGAAUCAUAUGAACAACUCUCUGCUGUCUCUGUAUCGCAAGGGAAAUCCAGACUCCACUUUGGACACUCCAACUAAAAAUGGGACACCAGAAACCAGUACGCCAGCUCCUUUUAAAUCUGCAACAGCUGGUACUGCUGCACAUACCAAGACUUCAGAGGCUGGUUGGUUUAUUGACAAAACCCCAAGUAAAGAAAUGGAGAAAAGCAUUCUGAUUGAUCUUUGUGAGGAUGGAGAUGAUGAACAGAAAGAGAAACCCUCUGAUAUUUCCCUCCUGGAAAGUGAGAAGAAGAAAAGGCAGAAGACGAGAAGAAGCCGAAGAACGAAGGUUGAUUCACAGGAUGUGGAUGGAGAAAUAGAAGCUGCGUUGCUGAAAAACAAAGGUAAAGGGAAACUUCCUGAGCUGCAGCGAUCUUCCGUGUGCUUUGAGGAUAUUGGAGGAAAUGAUGCUACUCUGACGGAGGUCUGCAAGAUGCUGAUUCACAUGCGUCACCCUGAGAUUUACCAGCACCUUGGUGUGGUUCCUCCUCGUGGCUUUCUACUGCAUGGUCCCCCAGGAUGUGGGAAAACGCUACUGGCGCAAGCAAUCGCUGGGGAGCUUGAGCUGCCUAUGCUGAAGGUUGCAGCAACAGAGAUGGUGUCUGGUGUUUCAGGGGAGUCUGAGCAGAAACUUCGGGAGCUCUUUGAACUAGCGGUGACAAGUGCACCGUGCAUCCUGUUCAUGGAUGAGAUUGAUGCUAUCACUCCUAAAAGAGAAGUUGCUUCCAAGGACAUGGAGAGGAGGAUUGUUGCCCAGCUGUUGAGUUGCAUGGACGACCUAAACAAUCUCGAUGCCAGUGCGCAGGUCCUUGUCAUUGGUGCCACAAACCGUCCCGAUUCGCUAGACCCAGCUCUGAGGCGCGCAGGGAGAUUUGACCGGGAGAUUUGCCUGGGUAUUCCUGAUGAAGGGGCCAGACUGAGGAUACUGCAGACUUUAUGCCGUAAACUGAAGCUUCCAGAGUCCUUUGAUUUGUCUAAUCUGGCUCACCUAACCCCUGGGUAUGUGGGAGCUGACCUCAUGGCGCUUUGUCGGGAAGCAGCAAUGUGCGCGGUGAACAGAGUCCUGAUCCAGCUACAACAUGGCACAGAGAAGGAGCAACCUUCACAGCCUGGAGCGUCAGCCGCUAAUUCACAGCCCCAGGGUCUCGCUCAGGAGGAGCUGCAUAGGCUUCUAGCACUGCUGAAGGAGCACUCUCCGUUGGAUGAGGAGCAGAUGCAGAAACUCUGUAUUGAGAUGGGGGAUUUCUUGAGUGCUUUACCCAGUGUCCAACCUUCUGCCAAGAGAGAGGGUUUCGCUACUGUGCCGGAUGUUACCUGGGCUGAUAUAGGAGCGCUGGAGGAGAUCCGUGAAGAGCUUACUAUGGCCAUACUGGCACCAGUGAGGAGUCCAGAGCAGUUUAAAGCUCUAGGUUUGAUGGCGCCUGCGGGAGUUUUACUUGCAGGACCCCCUGGCUGCGGCAAAACACUACUAGCUAAGGCUGUUGCAAAUGAAUCUGGUCUCAAUUUUAUCUCUGUGAAAGGGCCAGAGCUAUUAAACAUGUAUGUCGGGGAGAGUGAAAGAGCUGUGCGGCAGGUCUUUCAAAGAGCAUCUAACUCCUCCCCUUGCGUGAUCUUCUUUGAUGAGCUUGAUGCUUUGUGUCCACGUAGAUCUGGUCAUGAGUCGGGUGCCAGUGUGCGGGUAGUGAACCAGCUGCUGACAGAAAUGGAUGGUCUGGAAACCAGGCGUAACGUCUACAUCAUGGCAGCAACGAACAGGCCAGAUAUAAUUGACCCAGCCAUUCUUAGACCUGGACGGUUGGACAAGACCCUGUAUGUAGGACUGCCGCCCCCUGCCGAUCGCCUGGCUAUAUUAAAGACUAUUACUAAAGAUGGUGCCCGACCUCCCCUUGGAUCAGAUGUCAGUCUUGAAGUUAUUGCCUAUGAUGAACGCUGCGACUGCUUUACAGGUGCUGAUCUCUCUGCUCUUGUUCGAGAAGCGUCAGUAAGUGCACUAAGACAGGAAAUGCUGCAUAAAGAUCCUGUCUCUAGCACAGGAGAAAUGAAGGUCUGCCAAAAACAUUUUGAAGCGGCUUUUAAGAAAGUGAAACCAUCUGUUUCUAAGAAGGAUCAGCUGAUGUAUGAGCUACUUCGCCAGUCUCUCAGCUAAUAGCAAGGAUGGAAGAAAGAGUCAAUAACAAAAGAUUGGGCUGGUCUGGGGAUGAAGCAGAUGGUAUUAACCCUAUCAGAAAUACCUGGAUUUUUUUUUUUUAUAUAUAAUUAUUAUUAUGUAGCUCUGGGUUCAUGAGCAGACGAUUCUGCAUGAUCUGGGACAGUUAUGGGGUCUGCCUGCGGCCUCUCCUACACCUCCCCCAUCAGGGUAAAUGUUUUUAUGGAAUGGCCAUGUGACACCCUGACUCCGCACAACAUUGUCCGUGGUACUUUUGUAGCCCCUCCCACUACAGCUCCGCCCACCAAAAGCCAGUGGGCAACUGACAACAACAUUUCUCACUAUCUAGGAAAGAUAUGCGGAGUUGCCCAUGAGUAGGGCUACACAAUGACAAAAAGUGCAGAUACUUAUAAAAACAAAGCAAACAACUGCAAUGAGAGUACAAUCUGCAUAACUGUGACCCCCCCCCCCACGGCUGCAGUUUAGCACAACCCCCUGCACGUGCACAAACUAUUGUUUUUUUUGUUUUUAUUUGUUUUUCAAGCAAUUUCAAAAUAACUUCUUGUCCUUUGUUUUAGAUCCACAAUUUACAGGUGUUUCUGAUAGAGAACAACAUAUAGGGCUAUAUGUUAUAUUAACAGUAAUGUAAAUAGUUCUUAUCCUGCUCCUUAGUCUGUUGUAAAUAAAAAAAAAAUAAUAAAAAGUAGAA